AUGCCCGCCGCCGCAUCCGCUCGCAAGUCGACGCCUACGCGCAAGUCAACCCCUCGACGCGCUCGUUCCUCGUCCGUCACUUCCAACGCAUCCACAGGUGUGCCCGCCUCGCCCUCCGCCUCACCUCGCAAGACCAAAAAGCAGAAGGAGGCCGCCGCCGCUGCUGCUGCUGCUGUUGCUGCUGCUGCUGCUACAGCUGAGCAGGUCAACGAUGACGAGUCGGACCUCCUCCGUCCAAAGCUUCCCACCAAGAGGAACCCAAGACUGAAAGAGGUCGACGAAGCGGUUGUCAAGCUGCAAAUCAUCAAGCGCGAAGGCCACAACAUUAUCAUCGGCCGCGUUAAGCUCCCCACCGUUAACGGUCAAGACCACGCCUUUUUGCUCAAGCGUUUUGACACCAACGCCAUGGCCGCUUCGUCCAUGUUCCGACUCGCUUUCCCCUUCGCCGACGGCACCGCCGAGGCUGCCGAGAUGCGGUUCCUCGACACCAAGUACGAUACCAACCGCGCCAACGGUGGUUACAUUGUCGAAGAGGUCAAGGUGCCCGAAACACCAAAGAAGCGGGGACGCACCCGCAAGACUGCCGAAAACUCCAAGAAGGAAUCCACUCCCGACACCGAAUCCGUCAGCGCAGACAAGCAGAUCCGUGUUCUUCCCGAAGGCAGCACCGGUGUGCGUCUGCAAGGCACUUGGAUCCCCGCCGAGGACGCGAUCGAGGUGGCCGAGGACUACGGUAUCGCCAAGUACGCCCUCGCGCUCAUCCACGCUACCGCCGAACACGCCGAAGACGGUGGUGCGCCCAUCCUCACCUCUGAGCCCGUUGCCGAAGUCAAGACGCCACGCAAGCGCCAGCGUGUUUCCGCUGCUGCUGCCACUGCUUCCGACACCCCAGAUUCGCCCCAGCUUGUUCAGAGGGUCACUCGCCUCGAAAAUGCCGACGGCAGCAUCUCCAAGGUCAGAGUCGAGUCCACCCUAGAGGCGCCGUCUUCGAAUGGUGUUCCUGUCGCCCUCUCUCAGGCUGAGAUUGAGGAGCAGAUCGCUCAGGCCAAGGCGCUCGCUGCUGGUAUCCAGCAAUCGAUCACAGCUGGAAGCGGGAGCGCUUCGACCCGUGGUCAGAAGCGCCGUGCAGUCAACGACCGACCCACUGCCGAGAUCGAUCCCUUGGCCGACGACGAAGACUACUCCGAGUCUGGGCGUGUAGUGCGCGCCUUCCGACGAGGCACGCGUGUUGCACGCAGGCGUCCCAUUGCUACUACGGCUGGUGCUGUGGCUGCUGCCGGUGCUGUAGGCGCUGGUGCGCUUGCUUGGGUCUCAGGCGGUAACCCAGAGGUGGCGAUUCAAACGCUCCAGGCCAGCAUGCAGAGUAUCGGCCUGCAAAACCUACAGAACCUCGGACUGCAGAACUUGCAGCAAAUCGGGACUCAGCUUGGCGCCCAUCUCGCCUCGAUCUUGCCCUGGUAA